CUCUCGUGCAUAUUGUUUCUUGCCGUUCCUUUCCUCUCAUCCACUCUCUGAAAUCUUCUCAAGCUAAAAUAAAUAAAUAAAUAAAUAAAUAAAUAGAAUACAAAAUUGAAGCAAAGUUUAGAUGAAGAGGAUGAUCGCCUUGGUUCUCUCACUAGCACAAAACCGAUAGAUGAGAAAUGAACAACAAAACCCUCCCACCUAGCUCACCUGGAUUGACUGUAUCGCCUACUGAGCCCAUUCGCUCCUUUCUUCUCUCAGCUUCCAAAGAACCACACCUUUCUCAUGAACUACGAGACCUUGCUUCCACUCUCAUCUCUCAAAAUCAUAUACACUACAGAUCUCUCCGUAGCAUAUGGAUCGCAUCCGACCCCUCCACCCGCCCUGAAUUGAUCCGCCUCUUCUCUGGAUCCCAAUUCAUCUUCAACAGUCCUAAACCUAGGGAAAAGAGUGAAGAAUUAAAGGCGAGACUGAAGAAACUCCAAGAAUUGGCCGAGAGGAAUGCAUAUCAAGAGCUUGUUAAGGAUAUUACGCCAAAGAAGGAUGAGAAUGAGCCUUUCUCCUCUUACAAGGAUCAGCUUGGUUUUGGUUUACAUGUUGCGCUUACCAUGUUUACUGGCUACCUUGUGGGAUAUGCAGCAUUCAGGGCAUUGUUUGGCCACAAUCCUGCAAUGAGUGCUGCUGGAGGGAUUCUUGGUUUAGUGUGUGGAAUGCUUGUAGAAACACUCCUUUUCAUUAUUAGAACUUCUAAUCAAGAUCCUAAAUCAUCAACUUCUACGUCUACGCUGAAGAAGAAUCAGUAGACUUGAUACAAAGAGGUUGGUUUUCUGAAUCUGUGUUGUUGGAUUCUGAGUUGUAAAGGUAGUUUAUUUAUCAAUAUUUGUUGUUUCCCGUCAUCUGAAUACUGGAUUCUGAGUAGACAUGGUCACCGUGUAUGCGGAACUCGGUUUGGAAAUUCAACAACGGGCUUGAUGCUAAAUUUUGUUCAUGUCCUAAGUGAAGUGCAAUAAAAACUUGAACAGUC